UUCUGUUUGGUCCGACUUGUGCAGUCUGUAGACAGGAACACUGAGGUGAUGCAUUGCGUCAUGCAAACAAUGGAUGUUUUAUCUAGGUCUACCAACAAAACAACACUUCCAGAUGAUACAGAUUUCAUUAUACCUGAUGCUAAAAGAUCUGAUAAGGUAGUUGUAGAACUCAAAUGUACAUUUCUUAAAAUCAAUGAUAUUGAUACAAUCAACCAGCAGUUUGAAGCUGAAUUAUUUGUACAAGCAAAAUGGGAGGAGCCUCAACUUCAACACAGUUUAUUUGGCAGUAAAGACAAGGAUAGUGAAGAUCUAGACAAACUGAUUCCAUGGGAACCCAAGCUUAUAGUAAUGAAUAUAGAUGGUGCAUUUGUUCUGAAUCGUAAGACAUUUGACAUCAGAUUUCAUGAACCUGGUUAUAAAUGUCCAGUAGUCAUAGAACUGUGGCGCUUCAAAGGAUUCUUCAAAGAGAAUCUUGAGCUGGAACAUUUUCCUGUGGAUGUACAGGUAUUAUACACUUCAUCUUACUUUUACCAAAGUUCUUGCUGGUUGUGAGGUGGUUGUAAAGUUAAACCUCUGGUCAAAAAAUAUUUCUGGUAGCCUUAACUUGACACUGUGUCUGUCCUUCUUAUAUUUAUUAUGUUGCAUGGUGUGAAAACAUGCAGCUUGAUUGGAACUGGAAUCUGGGACCUUCAAAAUACCAUUCUGCAGCUUUACCAAUAAAACUAUUAAUAAAAAUCUUGAAUAGGGGUGAUACCUCAAAUUCACCAAAGAACACAAUAUAUUACGAAAAUUUCUGACCCAGUUUGAUUGAGUCUGUUCCUAAUGAAAAAGUGCAACAUCGCUCUCGCCUCAGAGCACCACUUAUGCACUAUUCAAUCUUCAACACUUACAUGCUGGAAUCACAGAUCCCAAAGGACUAGAAACAUUGAUGUGAGCCUUUGUAAGUCUGUUGCAAAUUUCAAGGGUUAUAACAAA